AUGGUGGCUGUGAGUAACGCGCGCGGUGGUGAGGACUCGUUGGUAUUGGACAGCUUCGUCCACUACGCGUCGCCCGAGAUGAAGAACGUUGUGCGCGCCAAUUACGACCCAGAGAGUGAAGACUUGCUGCAUCACAUCGAAGAACUGGUGCAUUUUGAACAGUCAAUCGAGCUCGGCAGUGGCGCAGUAAGGUGCGAAGUCGUAGAUGCGCACGUGGAUGUGAACCAAAAGGAACGAAGCAUCUGCUUUGGGUGCGGGAAGGUCGGGUACGUGCAAGCUGACCACCGCUCUGGAGGCAAAGGCGGUAGUGGCAAGAUGAAUGAUAACGGAAUGUUAACGGCAGAGGCGGAAUGGUUUCAGCGCUAG